AUGAAUUUCUGAUUCCGGCGGCCGAAUAUCGAGCUCAAACCCUAGGAGUGAGGGAGAGAUCGCAUUAGCAGAGCGAUGACGACCCGCUUUAAGAAGAACAGGAAGAAGCGAGGGCACGUGAGUGCCGGCCAUGGGCGCAUCGGAAAGCAUCGCAAGCAUCCCGGCGGUCGCGGUAACGCAGGUGGUAUGCACCAUCACCGGAUCCUGUUCGAUAAGUACCAUCCCGGGUACUUCGGUAAGGUUGGCAUGCGUUACUUCCACCGACUUCGCAACAAGUUCCACUGCCCCAUCGUCAACAUCGAUCGCCUCUGGUCUCUCGUACCGGAGGAGGUCAAGGCUGCCGCCACGAAGGCUCCUGGUGGCAGCGCUCCAAUGAUCGACGUUACCCAGUUCGGAUACUUCAAGGUCCUCGGAAAGGGUACGCUGCCGCCAUCACAGCCUCUUGUCGUCAAGGCUAAGCUCGUGUCCAAGAUUGCUGAGAAGAAGAUAAAAGAGAAUGGGGGAGCUGUAGUUCUCACUGCUUGAUUGGAUCGGAUACAGGUGCUAGUUCGUGGAGUGUUCCUAAGGUUUUAUUCUGUUUUGGCUUUUAAUUUUGAGAUAUAAGGUCUAUGCAUUGUUUACUAUUGAAGUAGUUGAUUAGAUUUUUGUGCGGAAAUUAUUAUUGAACAUAUCUGUUUAGCUGAAGCAAACUUAAUGAUGAUGCAAAUUUCAAGUUUAAAGCAGGAAUGAUGAUUAUGUGGA